AUGCACGCCUCUGCCAUUCCAAUCUUUGCUUUGCUCACCAGCAGUGUCUGGGGUUUACCCACCACGUCACGAAUCCGCGGCCAAGGCGCCAGCUGCUUUCCCUUUGGCAGUGCUACUUUCAAUGGCUCUGUUCAGGCUCCCAGUGUCACAAGACAGGAGUGGUGGUGCCCUCAGUCUAUGACCUACGGGUUUCUGGGAUUCUCCUAUCCAAUGGAAGGGGAGUGCUACGAUGACAGUUUUGAGCGCAUCAACGCCGACCUUCGACGCCAGAAGCGAGACUUCGGCGCCAGCCUGAUCAGAGUAUACCUUCCAUAUUGUUAUACAACCUACAUCUGGGAGAACCUCAUCAGAGCAGCGGUCGCGAACGAUAUGGGCGUCGUUGCCCAGGUGGCAUGGCCUUUGAACGGUGAUCCCCUCGAGUAUUGGCGGGACAUUGCAGCAUCCAUCAUUCAGAUCCUCUCCAACAGCACCUACUCCGACAUUGCACCAUACGUCUUUCACAGCAUCGAAUUCGGAACAGAGCCCAUAGGCGACCAGGAUGAUGGUGAUAAUUUCAUCAACGAACUCAAAGCCUUCAGAGCAACUGUCAAGCCGUACGGGAUACCCGUCGGCAUCAGUGAAGACUGGGAUCGUCCCGGUAUACUGUGUACCAAUUACACAGCCGGCGAGAAGCCGGGUCUCGGGCCGGUCGGAAAGCAAAUCCUCCCACAGAGCGACUUCGUCCACAGUCACAUCAUGCCGUACUACCAUGGCUACAACAUCUCGGACUCUUGGGAGUAUAUCGCCGACCAAGUACAGUGGUACAAGAACUACACGCCCGUUCCACUUGUGAUCUCCGAGACACAAUGGGCCUGGGAACUCAACGUUCUUCAUCAAGGAAGCAAAGAUAUCGGCGCGCAGCAGUACACCACGUUUUGGCACAACUACGACUCGAACUGCCAGUUCUUCAAGAAGAACAAUGUAGGUUGGUUCUUGCACGCGUGGAAAUGGGAAGGAACUUUUAACAUGGUCAUGCCGAACAACUCGUAUGCCAUUCCGAACUGGAAGCCGCAGAAGUGUUAG